AAUCUUCCGCUCCUUCAACUUCCAACCCUAUUAAAUUAAACACUCAAAUAAAAAUUAUGUCUAGUUUCAAUUAUUAGAUGUUUAUACGAUUAAUGAAUGAACUUUAGAUGGUCAAAAUUUCAAAUCGGAAAUAGUACUCUACAGAUCUUCUAUUAGCCUAUAUUUCCGAACCCUAUAUUUCCGAAUAUGUGUAUGAUAGACCACUUACAGAUCUAAUUUUCUCGUUUCAGAUAAGUUUUUCCUUUGUUCUAUUUUUUAAAUUGUGAGGUAUUUAUAUAUUUUAAUUUCUAGCAGACUGAUUCAGUUAUCUUUUGGUAUUUUCCUUCUGUGAUCUGUGUUUCUGUAGGUUUUUUCUUUAAAGUAUUAAGAGUAUUUAUUUUACAUUGGAACAUCUGUAACAAUGCUUCAUUUUUUGUCAGUUUCUAUUUUUAGCUUAGGAAAAGAAAAUUUUAGGCAAAGAAACUGGAUUGCCUGUGUUAAGAAUGAGAACAUUUAUUGUUCAAAAUAUAGUCAGAGCACAAGCUGUUUUCUCAAAUCUCUGGGUGGGGAUAACUUUCCAGAAAGUUCAAAUUUGUUAUUUGGAACCACAAAAUAGCUAUAACUAUUGUUGUUCUUAGUGUUUUGCAGUAGCCAGUAGGUAUUUCUCUGCACCACUCCCACUCAACAUUUUAUUGGACACAAGACUAAUAACAAAAGCAAAUUAUACGCAGUAUAAGUUUGACAGAUACUUCGGCAUUCAGCAUGGUGCAUUUAUACCACAGUGCCUUCUAUUAUCUUUUUACUACUUUUUCUUCAGUUAGUUUAGUGGGAAAAUUGGCAAAGAAAACAAAAUUAUUUUAUAUUGAAUUUUCUUACUUGAGAAAUGAUGAACUCAUGAGCAUGAUUUAUAUGCAUUCUUUCAGUAUAUGUUUCUAGAAAAAGCUGGAGUAUGAAAUACUAGUGAUUCCAAAACCCAAAUUUGAAACAAUGAGAGUUAUCUUGUUUAUUUCCAUUUUGAGGAGCUUUAAGCAAGAAUUAAAGUUGUGUUUGAUUGUAUUUUAAGGAUUUGUUUAAUGUUUGGCAUUUGAUGAAUGUUCACAAUUGAAAGUUGAAAUUUAAUUUCAAAAAUGGGAUCCAACUAUGUUAAAGCCAUGGUCUUAGCAUUUAUGUUCUUCUUACAAGUAUUUGGUAUCAACUAUUCAAUUAUAGGCUUUUGGCUUGUCAUAAUCUUAAUUCAACAUGCAUAAGUCUUAUAGCCGGUAGCAAAGUAGCUAAAGUCAGUGGUGUAGGUAAAACUGGCAGUUUAUUAGUACUAUAGUGAUAUAGUCAAUAGAUCCCAAAUUGAUUUUAGCUUUUUAAGUCCUCCUCUCUAUACUUUUCAGGAUUAGCGAAAACAUAAUUAUUUACUUUUCAGUUAGGAAUAAAAUUGUGAUUUUCACCAUUCCGUUACUUUUAAACUUAAUGUGCACCUAUACAUGUGAUCUAUUCUCUCUGUCCAAAAUUCCUCUCAUUUUGACUUGAAACUAUUAGUUAAAAUUAAAACUAAAAAGUGAAAUUGUUUGGUUUAUCUAGAAAAGCAUGCAACAAUAUUAACUAAACAAUUCUUUCCUCAAUAGGAAUGAGAAGAAUUAUUGAGGACGGCCCAAAAAAGAAAAAGACGAGAGGAGUGUAUAUUAGCUUGAUUUUUUUAUGAUUGCAUUUGAUAACUUAGGACCUGCUUUCUUUUCCUGAAAAUGAUGUGAUUUUUUAUUAUUAUCUGGUCCAGAUGUUUCUGCUAUCUGAAAUAUAACAUAACAUCUGGGAAAAUAUGUUGAUCUUGUUCAAUUUUCUCAUAUUUUCUGAAUAUUUGUGGGCUGGUCUGGACCUUUCCAAUAUGGGGUCUUAAUCUUUCUUAUAUCGGGUUUUAUCUUAUUAAGUUAAUAAUAAGUGAUACGUUCAAAAAAUAAGUUGAAGCAGACCACACCUUAAUACCUUAUUCUAAAUGGGACUCAUGUUAUGCUGGAAUCUUUUUCUUUUGCAGGAAUUGUGACACUUACUUUAUAAUCACAGUAUGUGUUUGUUAUUCAUGCACAGUUGUUGACCAGUAUUGCCAUGCAAAACUGUGCUAACGGGGUGCGUAACAAGGAAAGCAUUUGGCAAUUGAUGCAAUGUCUGCAUCUAGUAAAUAUGACCUCACUUCCAGUAGCCCAGAUAGGAUUGUAUAUGGAUCUGGGCAGCGUAGAUCCUAUGGAGCAACUUUACUUGAGAAAACAGGUAACAUGGACAAUCCAAUGUUAUCUUCUCUUCCAAACAUGGCAAGAAGCAGCAGUUCUGGUGCAACCCAGGGAGAUGUUGUCAAAUUCUUUCAGUGCUUACGUAUUGAUCCAAAAGCAAUGGUUACUGAACACAAACUCAGACAAAUAGAUUUUAAGCGGCUAACAAGUCUAUCACUUGGUGCACCCCUGGAAGAUUCUCCAUCCAUGCCUUCAAAAGGAAAACCAAUAUCUUCUUCCUCACCCGAGGAUGUUAGACGGCUAAAGUUAAGUCUUCGAGAAAGUUGCAGCAAGGCGAGGGAACGUGUGAAGAUAUUCUACGAAUCUUCAUCUGUCUUCAACAAAUGUUUUCCUAAUGUUCCGUCAAGGAAAAGAUUUCGCUCAGAUGUCUUAUCCAAUGAUAGAAACAGUGUUUUGUUUUCAAAUGAACGUCCAGUUUGCGGGACAAGCAUUAGUAAGAUGGGAACUCAAAACCUUAGCAACAUCAGCGGGUUUGAAGUGGAGCAGCAAAAUUUAGAUGAAAGGACAAAAACUAUUAUUCCAAGCAAACGUACCCGAACUUCUAUGUCUGAUGUACGACCGAACACUCCUGCAAGGCAGUCAGGAAAUCUUGAUAGAGAUAUGGAUUUACUGAGGCUUCCCAACAAUAACCCUAUCCAGUGCGAUGAUCGAACAUCAACGUCUCUUCCCAUUGAAGGUUGGGAGAAAUUAAGGAUGAAGAAAAAGCGUUCUGGAAUAAAGCCAGACGUUUCUGGGGGUUCUGCUGCUGCUAAAACAGUUGACGGCUAUCGGGAAUCAAAACAUGGAGUGCAGUCACGACUUCUAACUGAUGCUCGUCCAAGGUUGGGUGAAAACCAGAGCUUCAGGAAUGGAACUAAUACUGGGGGCAUUGGACUGGGAAAAGCUGAUGCAACAUCUCCACAAGCUUCUGUUGUUAUGCGUUCUUCAUUUUUUAAGGCUGAACAGGAUAAUGGUCAUCUCCAUGAUAGAAGAGACCGUUCAGUUGGUUCAGAGAAAGAAAGAAUAAAUGUUAGAGCUGUCAACAAUGCCUCCAAGACAACUGCGCGGGAAGAGCUAAGCUCAGGAAGCCCUACCUCUAGUGCAAAGUUGAAUGGUUCUGCACGGGCCCCACGAUCUGGUGUAUGCGCGGCACAAAAAAUGGCCCCCACGGUUCAACGUGCUGCAGUUGCUAAUGAUUGGGAGGUUUCUCAUUGUACAAACAAACUACCUUCGACUUCCGCGGUAGCUAACCGUAAGCGCACGGCUUCAGGAAGGUCCCCAUCACCACCUGUGGGUCAGUGGGCCAGCCAGCGACCCCAGAAAAGCUCCCGAACAGCGAGGCGAACACAUUUUCCCAUUGUUUCCAAUGAUGGUGAAACUUUUGCCCCAGAUAAUUCGACUGAGGCAGUGGUGUGUAAUGAUAGGCGAUUGUCUGGCUCUUCUCCUCAGUGUCUUAAGUUUAAAAGUGACAACUUGUCAGCUGCAUCUGAAAGUGAGGAGUCUGGUGUUGCUGAUACCAAGCCAAAAGAUAAGAGCAAGAAGUCUGAAGAAGUGGAUGGAAAAAUUGGGUUUGAUGUCCAAAACAUGUCAACUUUGCUACUACCACCAAGAAAAAGUAAGUUGGUAGGCGGUGAUGAGCAUGGCGAUGGUGUACGUAGGCAAGGGAGGUCCAGUCGUAGUUUGACUUCCAGUGGGUCCUUCAUGCCUUCAACUGUAGAAAAGCUUGGGAAUGUGGGUACAGCUAAACAACUGAGGAGCUCUAGAAAUAAUUUUGAUAAAACCGAGAGCAAAGCAGGUCGCCCUCCCACAAGGAAGCUCUCUGAUCGUAAGGCUUAUAAACGUCAGAAACAUUCAACAGUUAAUGCUGCAGCAGAUUAUUUAGUUGGUUCCUGUGAUGGACAAGAUGAGUUAUUGGCUGCUGCAAGUGAUGUUACCAAUACUGCUCAAGCGCUUUCCAGCCCAUUUUGGAAGGAGAUGGAGUCACUCUUUCGUUUUAUAUCGCACUUGGACAUUACUUUUUUGAAUAAACAGAUGAAUGGUAGAAAUGCUGUGGCUACGCCAGCUCCAAUAUCUACUGAGGCGAGCAAGUUGAAUAUAUUUCCGAAUGGGUUCGAUGGAGAUGGGGAUGAAGUCGAAAGUGUUGACUUUUUUGCAGAGCAUGGAGUUUCAGGAACAACUAAGUCUGCCCCAAUCUCCUUAUAUCAGAGACUGAUGGCAGCGCUAAUCCCUGAAGAAGCAGGUGAAGAAUUAUCUUGCUGCGGUAAUGAAGAUCCCAAGUUCAGUGCCUACCAGCCUGCAUUUGAUGUAGACACAGAUUCAGAUUCGGACAUAUUUCAUGCAAGAACAAUAUACAACAGUGUUUCAAGACACCCUGCUUCUAAUGGCUAUAGGAAAUAUGCGAGUGGAAAUUCAUUUAGUGAGACAGACCAUAGUAUGCUAGAUAGUAGCAUUAGACCUGCUAGAGAAUCACAUUUCUUAUCAGAGUGUAACCUUACCCAGAACGGUCUAUUGCCAGAUGAAAUAGUGGUGUCUGAUGUUCUUUUUACUGAAUAUCAGUAUAAUAAGAUGUCAAUAGAUGAGAGACUUCUCCUGGAGAUAGAAUAUCUUGGAAUCUACCCUGAACCAGAUACUGGCAUGGCGCAGAACCGGGAAGAAGAAAUUAGGGGAGAUAUCAGUAAUUUAGACAAGAAGUAUCAGGAACUGGUAUCGCAAAAGAACGGUAUGCUGCACAAGCUGCUGAACUAUGCUGAUAAGACAAGAGUGUGUCAAGAGAAGGACUUGGAACAGCUUGCUUUUGGCAAACUUGUAGAGAUGGCAUAUAAGAAAUAUAUGGCUUGCUGUGGCCGUAAUGCGCAUGGGAUGAAAAGUGGGAAAAUUGCAAAACAAGCUGCACUGGCGUUUGUUAAGAGAACGUUGAAAAGGUACCAAGAAUUUGAAGAGACUGGCAAGAGCUGCUUUAAUGAGUCUUUAUUUAAAGAAAUGUUUAUGUCUGGGAUAUCCCACUUUGGUGAUGGACGAUUAGAUUCAAUUACUGAUGGUGAACCUGGCAGCUCUGGGGAUGCAAGACCUUCAGUUUCAUUAGGAAAACAGCAAAGCCCAUCUUCAAACCAGGAAGUAUUUACUGAAGGCAGUGUAGUUUAUGAAGUGAAUAGGGUCAGAAGAAGAGAGUUGUUUCUCGAUGAUGUUGGUAAUAAGGUUGCUACAUCAGGCAUGCCUUUGAGCACUGCAAAAGGAAAGCGAAGUGAGAGGGAGAGGGAUGGAAAAGGAACUUGCAGAGAGGUCCUAUGCAGAAAUGGAUCUAAUAAAAUUGGUCGGUCUGCCUCAACCACCAUGAAGGGAGAAAGGAAGCCUAAAGCAAAACCCAAACAGAAAACUGCUCAGCUCUCUACUUCUAUCAAUAGUCUAGUUGGCAAGAUUUCAGAGCAAUCCAAGCCAACCGGGUCCUCGGUAUUAAAACCAAAUGAGAUAACCAUAAACCGCACCACCAAGGAUAAGAAAGAUUGUGAGCCUGAAGAAUUGGAGGACCCUAUUGAUUUAUCUGGCUUACAGCUCCCUGGAAUGGAUGUUUUAGGUGUUCCUGAUGAUCUGGGCAACCAAGGACAGGAUAUAGGAUCUUGGUUAAACUUUGAUGAUGAUGGAUUACAAGAUCACGAUUUCAUGGGGCUUGAAAUCCCAAUGGAUGAUCUUGCAGACUUGAAUAUGAUGGUUUGAUGAUACCUGGGCAGUAUUGUAUAUUAUAUACACUGACAAGAAGGGAACCUCUUGUUGUUGAGAAUGUUCAAAUUGCAGACUUGAAUAUGAUGGUUUGAUGAUCUCUGGCCAGUAUUGUAUAAUUGUAUAUGCUCACAAGAAGGGAACUUCUUGUUGUUGAGAAUGUUCAAAUGAACAUGGGGUCAUACAAACUCUUACACCUGGUAUUAGGGUUAAUGCAUUCUUUUAAGCAACCACGCAUGAGUCCACUUCAGGUGGCCUUUUCAAAUCCUUUUGGGGCUUUGUUUCUUUUUAUUUUUCUUACGACCAUGACUGUAGAGAUCUCUUUUUUGUACAACAAAGGUAGUGUCUUUAGUUCUAUAGUGCUCUAAGAGCAAAGCUGUAUUUUUUAUUUAUAGCAAUAUAGGCCAUUGAACAUCACCCAUCUUCUGUAUAUAAGUUAUGUGUUUUUUAAUAGAAUAAGUCCACCCAUCUUGC